AUGGUCAAGAUCGCCUCCGUCGCUGCUGGUGCCGCCGUCGUGCUCGCUGCCUCUGUCGCAGCUAACCCCUCGAUCAACACCCCCGCUUCCAUCACCCAGUGCCAGCCCACCGCCCUCACCUGGAGCAACGCUCAGGGCACUGUCCGCCUCCAGAUUCUCCCCGCUGGCCAGGUCUCCGCCGCUCCCAUCAAGAACCUUCCUACCCAAACCGGCGCCUCGGGCAGCUACGUUUGGACCGUCGACAUCCCCGCGAACACCAACAUCACUAUUGCCGUCGGCGACGACUCGGGUACCUUUGGCUACGCCUCGCCCCUUGUCGUCCUCAGCUCGCCGGACAGCUCGUGCCUGAACGCUGCUGCCUCGAGCUCAAGCUCGGGCGCUGCUGCCGGUGGUGCUGCUUCGUCCACCUCGGCUGCCUCGUCGGCUGCCAGCUCUUCGCGCGCUGCCUCGUCGACCUCGUCGGCUGCUGCCAGCUCGAGCUCUGCCGCUUCGUCUUCGGCCAGCCGCGCCUCGUCUUCCACUGCCGGAAGUAGCAGCAGCAGCAGCACGGCACCUGCUGCCACCUCGAGCGGUCCCGGAAGCGCCGCCGCCGCCUUGUCGCCCGCCACCGCUGGUCUCUCGGUCCUCGCCGCCGCCGGUGCCCUCCUCUCCUUCCUUUGA